AUGAGCUCAGAAUUGCCUCCAGGCCGGUUGGGAAACCUCACACCGGAACAAGAGGAGAAGCUCCGCCAGUUCUGGGUCGCUGUGUUUAAGGUGUGCCAGAUUGAUUUGUCUAGCUUCGAUCCCGGUUCUGCCGCGGAAGGCGCCGAUGCGCCUGACGAUGAAGAUGGUACGGGGGACACUGUUCUUGAAACCAUCAGCUCAGCAGCGGCCAGUGACAGCAAAAAGAAGGACAAGAAAAAAAAACGUAGCCUGUUCAAGCGGUCAAAGAAGGACGGGGGCACUAAGGAUGGUGGUUCUAAAGACGGCAACCCGGCCGGUGAGUCUGUCGCUACUGUGACUAAAGCAGUCUCCGCUGUGGACCUUGCUGCAGCAAGCGAGGAUGACAAGUAUGGCCAGAGCAAACUAUUCCAGGAAGCACUAGCCAACCAAACCCCGGAGUCCAUUCGUGACACCUUAUGGGCAAUGGUCAAGCACGACCACCCUGAUGCACUCUUUCUUCGCUUCCUCCGAGCCAGAAAAUGGGAUGUUGACAAGGCCCUUGUCAUGCUCGUGUCUACUAUGCACUGGCGGGCACGGGACAUGCACGUCGACGAUGAUAUCAUGCUGAAGGGCGACGGCGGCGCUGCUCAAGAAGUGGCCACUGCCACCGAUGAAAAGGCCAAGACCAUCAGCGAAGAUUUCUUAGCUCAGAUGCGCAUGGGCAAGAGUUUCCUCCAUGGCUCAGACAAACAAGGCCGGCCCAUUUGCAUCGUACGCGUUCGGUUGCAUCACCAAGGCGACCAGGUCGAACAGAGCGUCGAGCGCUGCACGGUUUACAUCAUUGAGACAGCUCGCCUGUCUCUUCGCCCACCUGUCGAUACUGCGACCAUAAUCUUUGACAUGACAGGAUUCUCGUUAGCCAACAUGGACUACUCUCCAGUCAAGUUUAUGAUCAAGUGCUUCGAGGCAAAUUAUCCAGAGUGCUUGGGAGCCGUCUUGGUACACAAGGCACCUUGGCUUUUCCAAGGCAUUUGGAGAAUUAUUCGCGGGUGGCUUGACCCGGUUGUGGCAAGUAAAGUACAUUUUACGAACAAUGUCAAGGAUAUGGAGCAAUUUAUCAGCAGGGACAAGAUUAUAAAAGAACUGGAUGGCGAUGAGGACUGGGAAUACACAUACCUUGAGCCGGAACCUGGAGAGAACGAUAAGAUGAAUGACACCGCCAAUCGGGAUAAGCUGAUAGUCGAGCGCGAGCGUCUCUCCCGAAAAUUCGAAGAGGCCACUGCCCAGUGGGUUUUGAGCAAUGAUGGGGAGCCCGCUAAGGCCGCCCGCGAUACGAGGGAAGAUAUCGCCGAGCAGCUGCGCAAGCACUACUGGAAAUUGGACCCUUACGUUCGCGCUCGCUCGCUAUAUGAUCGCACUGGCAUACUUCGUGCAGAUGGAACUGUCGACUUCUACCCGAAGCCCAACAAGGACGAGACGGCGCAGACCAACGGGAACACAAUCGCACAGGACGACGUGGAGUAG